AAGUGUUUGCUGAAACGAUAACAUUUAUGAUAAUUCUACGAUAAUAAUAAGUAAAUAAUAUUUCCGAUCAACGCCUAAGUCAAAUUUCGAAAUUCGCCGACACUUUCCAAUCGUCAUAAAAGAUAUAACUUAGAAAAACGAAGCUGGCACCCCGCUGGGGGUAGCCACCCACAUGCUAUAUUUAUUUGUAUUUUAUUUUAUUUUUUUCAUCAAUAAGAUAUAACACUUUACCAAAUGUCCAUCAGGACAAAUUCUAAAGAAACCAAAAUAAAAAAAAAAAAAAACUUUCCAAUCGAACCACCACCGGUGGUCAUUGAUGACCGGAGGGCUUGAACUUCUUACGAUUGUAAAAAUUGAAUGAAAAUCGACGCUUAGGGUAUUUUGAAUAUAACCGAUAAAUAGAAGAUACUUUGAAAUAAAAAGUGCCUCAUUGAACGAUUAAACAUUUCUAUUAGAACAUCAAUUAAAAAAAAAAAAAUGAGAACAAAUCUUGCAUCUAACUGUGCACUGUGUAUGCAUUCAUAUCUUUGAUGGGUAAUCUAGGAAUAUUAUGACAAACACAGCUUAGAAAAUAAUCGUAAAUGCUGCUUUAUGAUCAUAUAAUUGAAGUUAGAAGUGUAAACAUACCUUACUAUAAUAUAUAGAACGAGCAAAUACCGUUUACUAAUAUCUUUUACACGUUUCAACGAUAUAUUCUGGUCGUUUUGCUUACGACGAAAUAACGAAUGCGAAUGAUUUGUUGAAAUAAACGAUGCUUGUUAUAAUAUGUCGCUAUCAACUGUUACCAAGGAGCCACCAAUAAGAUAAACGGUCCAUCGGGGAAGAAUGUUGUCUCGCAUCGUUAAUUUAUUAUUAUUUUGCCAUUAUUUGCUCUGAAUAAUAAAAAUACUCCCGUGGCGCCCUGAGCGAAACACGUGAUUUCGGCGUGGCAGUCAAAGUGUUAAAACGAGGAUUCACUGAUCAUUAGGUGAUUUAUUGCCAUGACUACGUGGCAUCGAUCGUAACAAAAGCAGCCUCUCGAUCGAACUCGAUCGAAUGCUGCUCCAUAUUCACGCAGCAGCAACGUCGUCCGAUACGUUUCCUUAAAAAUCAGUAGAAAUCCAAAUAUGAAAGUAGCUCGCACGUCCGGUUAUUCGUAGAAAUCUACACUACGAUGCUCCUUUUGCCACACCAUGUACGAACGAUUCCAGCUAAACUGUGCCUGCAUCCUCGUCCUGUCGAUAAUACUUCAAUCCUUCGUUUCUUACUGUUAUCCAGAGUUUUUCAAAGACGCAUCCAGGUACCGAAGUAUGCCUUACGCGCUUCUUCUUCGUCUAUCUGUAAUUUAUUAUCCGUUGAUGUUUCUCCAAUUUCAUACGGUAGAAUUUCGUUCGUACGGACCGCAGCAUCUGUUUCAACGAAAUUUUUACUUACCGUUAGAACACCUUGUGGUUGCUUCUCUCGUGUUCUCAGCAACGCGCAAGCCAAUGGUUACGUAAUCGAGAACCAAAACGGCAAGUUAGAUCCAUCGAUCGAGCGAAUUUUUCGGUCAGCCGGUGAACAAAGAAACGAUCUAAUUAAUUCGAAACGCAACAUCGACGCUAAAGAGAGCGGCAAAACAGUGCAGAUCGAGGACGGUGGUGACAAGCGUGCACGGGUGAAACGUGAUAACGCCGUUAAGAAGAGCAAUACGAAGACUUUGAACGAGGCGGCGAAGGACGAAAAACGUUCGGCUUCUAACAAAGCUGGUAAAAGUGCUUCGAGAAUCGAUCGCUCUUCUAGAGAUCUUCCGAAGCUUCCAGACAAAGAUUACGAGGCUGCCGUUGAUCAGGAAAAAUCCGAGUACGCGGACGAAGCUGAAGACGAGUCUGCAGUUGGUUCAAAACACAAAGAGACCAGGUAUUUUCGCGUGUACAAGAGCAACGACCAUGUAAACGAAGAUUCUGCGAGAUUUAUCGAUCAGGAAGAAAGAUCUAACUUGUACGAUGACUUCGAAUCGAAAGACGUGGUGAAAAGAGGAAUUUCCGGCUCCGAGGACUACGAAGAGAUGGACGACGACGCUCUUGCAGUCGCAGAGGACACUGCAGCCUUAGAAGAUAACGCAUCGGACGAAGAAACUGAUAAAAGAAAGGUGCACGGUGACGUUCGAGUGAAGAGGGACCACGAAAAUUCGAAAGAAACGGACAACGCCGAGGUUGCUGGGAAAGCAGACAAUGCUGCAACGUCUAGCGACCUGUCUAGCGAUCAAAAAACCGCGGAGACGUCCUUAAAACGAGACGCCGCUACCGACAAGGAUAGCAAGGUAGCCGAUGCUCGAGUAACCAAAGCUGACAAGGACUCGAACGAUCAAUCGAAAAGGAACGUGGUUGACAAGAACGAGAACGAAGCGUCGAAGAUCAAUUGCGAUCGCGAAACGGAUAAUUCGAAGCAGCCGUCAAACGACCAAAAGUCAACGAUCGAAAGCAGCGAAACUGCGAAAAUCUUGGCUCAAGGAAGCGAAGAGGCUACGGGUGACGCGAAAACGCGGGAAAUUAAUUUGUCCGGUAACAACAAGGCAGCCAACGGCUUGGUCGGUGAUGCUUCUGGCGCUAAAGAAACCUCGAAAGCCGAGGAGUCGAAAAUUGCCGACGUAGCCAGCAGUGCAGACGCGGCGAAAGUGGAAGUUGUGGCGAACGCGGCGCAAGCAUCUGCCGCGGAUGAUUCUGAGAAAUUAGCGAAUCCAAAGAACGAAGCCGAGACUGCGGAACAGAUAGACGAAGACUAUCAGAAACGGGUGGAGGAGCAGAUCCAGCGAAAGAUCGAUUCGAUCAAAGAGCAGAUUAAACGAGAGAUCGAGGAGAACCAGCGCCUUAAGGAGAUCGAGGAGAACAACGCGAGAUUCGACGAAUUGCGCGAGUUGGAAGAAGACGAGGAAGAACAGGCUCCGGAGGCUGCACUCACUGGAGAUGACGCGCCUAAGAGAUCUAUCGCGGAGAGAAAUUCUGGCAAGUCUCGGGUUCGUGAUAACGUGGACAAGCAGCCGAUAAAGAGGAAAAGGAGACAAGACAGCGGUCAGGAAAAGACGCGAGACGCUAGUGACACGGGUUCGAAUAAAAAAUCUUGGCCGAGAACGGUGAAGAAGCGAUCGAUAAUGCAAUCGGAAACGAUACCAAAGAAACACGCGCGACAGGCGUUUUUGACGAGAAUCGAUCGGAAGAAGAGAAAAAGAAGAUCUAAAAAUUCCAUGUUGAUCCCGGAACAACGUAACGUGAAGCUGGAGGGAAGUCUACCGGCUGAUUACACGUUGGACUCGAACUUACAAGGGGCGCUUGCUGAUGCAAAGGUGAAAGAAGGGAAUUAA